UUAUUUCCUACGGAAUUUUCCUGAUUCCGCUGGCGCGUUCCGAAAUCGUAGCGAAAACCAACGCGAGUGCAACAUGUUUUCCAGCGCUCCGAACUACACCAAACUCAAGACGAACCUGCGCCUGGCCGUCAAUCGGCUAAAGUUGCUGGAGAAAAAGAAAACAGAGCUCGCGCAGAAAGCACGGAAGGAAAUCGCGGACUAUCUGCAGGCCGGCAAGCCGGAACGGGCCCGGAUCAGGGUGGAGCACAUCAUCCGCGAGGACUACCUGGUCGAGGCGAUGGAAAUCGUGGAGAUGUACUGCGAUCUGCUGCUCGCCCGCUUCGGAAUGGUCACGCAGAUGAAGGAGCUGGACGAGGGCAUCGAGGAGGCCGUCAGCAGCAUCAUCUGGGUGGCCCCCCGGCUACAGGCCGACGUGCAGGAACUGAAGAUCUGCUCCGACAUCUUCACGCUCAAGUACGGCAAACAGUACGCGGAGCAGGUGCGUGCGGCCAUUCCGCCACACCGCGUGUCCGACAAGCUGAUGCACAAGCUGGCCAUACAGGCCCCGGCUCGGCUGCUGGUGGAGAAGUACCUCAUCGAAAUAGCGAGCAUCUUCAACGUGGACUAUGAACCGGAUCCGCAAGUGAUGAAGGAUGACCGAUCGAGCGUCAUGGAUGAUAUCCUCAUCGAUCUCGCCGAUAAGAACAAUCUGGACGGAUCCGCCGGAGGCGGUGGUAGCGGUGGGGCCGGUGGUGCUCCCGGAGCGGGAUCGGGAGCUUCUGGUGGAUCGGGAGGUGGUUCCGGAGGCAGCACGGUCACGGCACCAACGGCCGCGGGUCCUGCACCGGUAGGAUUCGUGGCGUAUCCCCCUCCGAUCCCGAAAUUGCCGACCACUGCUCCCGUUGUUCCGUUCCAGUAUCCAACGCCUGGCCCCAGUGGCGGAGUGCAGCAGUUCGGUGGUGCCAGUGCUCCACCGUUCAACUACAACAUACCACCCAACUCGUCCGAGAAAGAGGAGAUCAAGGAUUUGAACAUCAACGCGAACUUCAUCAGGGAGGAGAAGGGUGCCAACGAAUCGAUCGGCCCACCGCCUUCCUACUCCUCGCUGAGUCCCGAUGACAAUAUGCAGAACUCUACCAAACCGAAACCUCAGCCUCGCUCCAAGUUUUCGCCGGAUCUGAACUUCCCUGAACUGCCGAAUGUGCCGCUCGAUCUACCGGAAGUGCCGUCGGGAGGCAAUCACGAGAGUAAGAACGAUAACGAGAACGACGAGAUCGAUUUCGAUGACCUGUCGCGCCGCUUCGAGGAGCUGAAAAAGAAAAAGUGAACCCAUGCUUACCGAGGUUCGUGCCAGCGUGGACCGACCCGCUCGUUGAUGUUUAGAUCUUAUAUUUGUUUAUGCCGUGCAUUAUUUGCCGAUACUAUGUUUACCGAUAAGUUAGCAUUGAUUAAGCUAAGCGAAGUGUAAUCAUGCCGCAACCAAUAAAAAAGAUAAAUUGUGAACUUGUAC